UGACGAGAUGUCACAACAUGACAGAUCAAAGGUGACAUCAAGUGCAUGAAACAGAAAAACAAGCACUUCUGUUUCACCCACACACGCCAGCUCACUGCCAUCACCUACUACAGCGCAUCUGGGAAAAAACAAAAACUCAGUUUCCCAUAAGCCUCUGCCUUCCCCAACGCCCCUCAGAGCGCAUGCGCGCUCGACGCUCCUUGAUGUGUUGGUGACGGUGGCAGAGGCCAGGUAGUACUGGGAGUGUCUGGGGAGUUUUCAUUUCGGCGAGAAAUACCUGAGCUAAGCGGCGCCGGAAAGUCCGAAUCAAGUGAAAAAAAAAGAAAUAAAACCCGUGAUCUUCGCAAAACAAUCACUAGCUGUGCUGUUUUAAAGGGGUCAUGACACUUUCGUUUUCAUUAGCGGGGCCUGUCGAGACAGGAGAGUCCUCGGGCAAGCCUGUGGAUUGAGGCCGGGCUGGAGCAGUAGGGAGGGCGGCGGAAAGGAUCGCCCGGAGAGCGCACAGCCCCGCUGCGGGGUGGGAGUCCGCACCGUGAACAAAACAGGAGGUAACGCCGCUGUCUUGAGAUUAACAGGACGUCGAAAUCCGACGACGGGACGUGCAGGGGGUCGCGGUUCGCGCCUGCACCGAUUCAGAGACCUCUGAACCAGCACGGGGGGGGGGGGGAGUUUUGUUUUGGGGGGCUCAGGUCGCUUUUUGUGGGUGGUGCACGCGUGACCCCCUCAGCUGCUCUGCCACCUCACCGGGGCGCGUAAUGAGGUCUAGUGGCGUGAGCGACUUUCUUAAAUGGAAAGAAAAGUUGCCACUGGAACAGCUCGGGCGACGAAGGGAGGCAUCUGGUAAUUGCCGGGGGUGAAGACUGCAUCUCUGUUAUGUAAUGAUCAGCAUCAGAGGAGCGCGAACAGUGGCCUAGGAAGACGAGGGCCUGAGUUUUUUUCCCAACCCUAUUGCUUCAUAACGAUUGCUUUUUUUUUUUCUUGCCCUUGGACUGUAAGGGACUUAGACUUGUCGACAUCCCCGCUGUACACUGCUUGUGUAAACAAGCUGCGCCCGUCCUCUGGGCUAUUUUUACAAGUGUUCAGGGACCAGAGCUGAGGUCUGUCAGUGAGGCAUUUUCACAGCGGACCCAGGGACACGGGUGUUAAGGAGGGCACUCCCUGCCUGGGCGUCUGCUGUCUGGACGCUGGAUGUUGCCCGUCGGCGCGGUGCCUCGAUCUACGGGCUCCUCGGUCGUGUUCGUCUUCGCCCGCCUCUGCUGAUCCGGCAGAUCCGAGCUUUUCCGGGUCCUCGUCCGCGGGGGAACCUUUUCGGGGGCCGGCGAUGAACCGCUACCUGCCCGUGGCCCGCCAGCACUUCCUGGCCGCGCUGGCCAGCACCAGCGUGGUGGUCAAGUCCAUCUGCGCCACGGUGCUCCUGCUGUACCUCCUGUCCUGGGCGGUGGACACGGUCUACGUCCUGGGGGUGACCCCGGGCUACCUCUUCCCCCCUAACUUCUGGAUCUGGACUCUGGUGACCCACCCCGUCGUGGAGCGGCACGUCUGGGGCGUGGCGGUCAGCCUGGGGACGGUGGUCACCGCCGGCCGGCUGCUGGAGCCCCUGUGGGGGGCGCUGGAGCUGCUCGUCUUCUUCGCCGUGGUCAACGUCUCGGUGGGGCUCCUGGCCGGCUUCUCCUACCUGCUCACCUACGUCGCCACCUUCAACCUGGACUACCUGUUCGAGGUGCGGGUCCACGGCAUGCUGGGCUUCCUGGGCGGGGUGCUGGUGGCCCUGAAGCAGACGAUGGAGGACUCCACGGUGCUGAGGGUGCCCCAGGUGCGGCUCAAGGUGGCCCCCACGCUGGUCCUGCUGGCCCUGGCCCUGCUGCGGCUCACCACGCUGCUGGCGACGACGGCGCCCCUGGCGGCCUACGGCUACGGCGCCCUGUCGGGCUGGGUCUACCUGCGCUUCUACCAGAAGCACAGCCGCGGCCGGGGGGACAUGUCGGACCACUUCGCCUUCGCCUCCUUCUUCCCCGAGAUCCUGCAGCCCGCGGUGGGGCUGGUGGCCGGGGUAGUGCACGGCCUGCUGGUGAGGCUGAGGGUCUGCCGCAAGACCGUGAAGCGCUACGACGUGGGAGCCCCCUCCUCCAUCACCAUCAGCCUUCCGGGCACCGACCCCCAGGACGCCGAGAGGAGGAGACAGCUGGCCCUGAAGGCCCUGAAUGAGCGUCUCAAGAAAGUGGAGGACCAGUCGGCCUGGCCCAGCAUGGAGGACGAGGAGGAGGAGGACGAGGGGCGCGCCGACGUGCCUCUCCUCGCGGGGCGAGAGGCCCUGUCCGCAGGGGCUGCCAGCGCGGCGCAGAGCGGCUCGGGACAGGAGUCCAGCAUCAUCAGCUUUGAGGACGCCCCCUCCAAAUCCUAACGCUGAGUGGGCUGAGCCCCGGUCUGAGGGACACCCAUUCACAUACGUGUGACACAGAGUGCCAGGCUGUCGAAAGGACACCUCCACCCCUCUCCCCCUCUCCUGCCCCAGCUCACUAGGGUUUUGGACGACGAACAGGAAAAAAAAAUCAAUCUUAAAAAGUGUUUUAUUCCUGGAGGUGGGAGAUGGUGAGGGGUGGGGGUACAGCAUCAGUUUUAUAGAGAGAAAAUGUAGUGGUCAGAGGCAAUCUCCCCCCCCCUCCUUCUUUCAGCAAAAUAGAUCUAAAUGGAGUUGCGUGGGUCUGCCGGACAGUUUCUCCCGAACUGCUGGACACGCUUGCUGGAAUUCCAUGGCCGACGUCUGUAUUUCGUGUUUCCUUACUAAAGUAGGUUUCUGCUGAAAGCACUACAGUUUUGCAGUUUGUAGGUCACCCUCUUGUGCUGCCAGAAAUUCAUGGUCAAGUCCUAUUUGUAAGCUUUUUUUUCCCUCACGAAGAGCAUUACAAACUUUAGGAUUGCCUGCAGACACUCUCUGUACCUAUUUUUGUUUAAUUGCUUAGAAAUCUAUUUGUACUUCAAUAAAUCUUUGAUCUUGUGACAUAUAAUAUACUUUAUCAUUGAGGUACUCGCUUAUUCAGAGGUUUCCAAUAUUAAAACGCAUUCCACUCAUUCAUUUCUAAGGGUCCUCUUGGGUGUUUUGUAGCCGAUUUUGUUCAAACAGAAUAAGUACUUUAAAAAAUAUUUUUCAUUUCUCUUGUGUGGAGAAAAACUCAAUCAGUGGUGCUUGAUUUAAAGCAAUUGGAGCAUUUUUCUGAAUUAAACCAGAGUGCAGAGUUUUUCUAUUGAGUCUGUUUAGUGCUUAUCUAUCAUACCUACAUGAGGUGUGUAAAUUACUGCAGUGACGAAGGAUGAAUCUGCAGUGUCAAAUAGUGUCAUUUCCUGCAAGGUCAACACUUUUUUUUUCAGAGAAAUUCAAAUUUCAGUACAACCUAGAAUUUAUAACGCUAGAAAUAAUCAUUGCUCUCUUUACAUACAAAUUGAAAAAAGGCGAAUAUAGAAAGUGAUGUAUAAUUUGUCCAGUUGCUGGAAUUGUUGUGGGGAACUGUAUAUGUAUAUUGGUUAAAGCUCACACUUCAAAACCUCAGAGGGAAAAUGUUCUCUUUCCAAGACCAAGAUUUUGCAGAAACAAUGUGUUUUUAUCAUUUGCUGUUGCGAAGAUACCUUUUCUGAAUUAAGUUUUUUUUUUCAUAAUGUGGAAUAAAGGACUCCUGUAUCAUUAAA